AUGGAAUCAGUGGACGGUCAGGAUGAAAACGAUGUAGCUUCUCCACUUCAAGCGCACGCUUUCUCUAUAAAUUCGCACUCCGGCGAUGACUUGCAAGCCAGCUUAUCAGAAGCCGGGCAUCAUGAUGACAACGGACCAUUGGAUACUUCCGAAACCCUCUGUGGUUCAACGAGUCACAUUUGUAUGGAACAAAAUGAGUUUGCCUUGGGCCACUUCCAUACGGCGAUCAUAAAUGAAGACUUAGCUGGAAUAAAAAGUCUCCAACUAGCACAAGCUAAAAUGGCACAAACCAUCCAAGAGCUGAUUCAUAAGAGAUGCUAUAAAUCAUCGGAUGACGGGUAUGAUCAUAGAUUUAGAUGGACGGACGACGCGACAUUUUAUUUGCUAAAAUUCUGCUACGACAUUGGUCCAUUUUACGGCUUUGAAAGUUUAAAAACCUGUUCAUCAAAAAAGCUAGAACAAAGCAAUCUUAUAUCCCUCAAAUGGACUUGUAUUUGGUAUGAUAUUCUUAUGACACUGAAAUUUGAAGACGGUCGAGUACCCACAGAAUUGCAACCCAAAACAAAAUGCAGAUAUUUACUUGCCAACGCAAUUCCUAAACUAUCUGUGGUCACUACCGGGGAUGAGAGAAUCCCCUUUUCAUUCACUGGUGUUAAUAAAGUGGACAACAUGUUAGAGGAGCUUUGUAGGUUGAAACUUGAUGCAGAGGCGAGAAAAGUCGAAGUUCAAAAACUUGAUGCUGAUCAAAGAAAUAAUAAAAGGACCGCGAGCCAGAUGCUAUGCCCCAAGGGUAUCCCGAGCAUCGUGCAGAACAAGACCUUCGCUGAGUCGGAAGUGCAGUCUGGCAUUGAUGGUGUGAAUCAAUUUACAUCAAAACGGGCACAGAUGAGAGGGGUUACGCCAGAGGUAGAAGAAUCCGAUUUGAUGACCUAUUCCAUCACCAAACAUACACUAUAUUUAUGUGAGAAAUUGGCAGAGUCGAUUGAUAGACUAUUCGUAGAGAAUCGGAAUAGGAAAGAGAGGUCUCAGCAGCAGAAGGAACGAGAGUUCGCACUAAAACAAAAAGAAUUUGAAUUAAGCAUUCGGAUGUAUGAGGUGCGACGUAAGCGUGAGGAGGAGAAGGCCAAGCGUGAGGAGGAGCGGCUCAGCGAGGAAGAGCGAUCUAAGAGUGAGCAAUUUGAUCACUAUGCCAAAAGGACUGAGACAAUAAUGAAAUUGGUAGCCACAUCCAAAAUUUUAGAAAACGAUUAUCCGGCAUCAUCUGAGGCUAUUCAAAAUGUGCUUCAAAAAUUUUCGAGCCGUUAUUCGUGA